GCCCCGCAGCGGCCCCGGAGCGGCCCCGGAGCGGCCCCGAGCCCGGGCUGCCCCCGCGCCGCCCCCGCGCACUCCGGCACCGGGGCGGACCGGGCGCUCCCGGCAGGUUCCGACCCGCCCUCGGCCCGGGGAUGGUGCCAGCAUGAGGAGGUGCUGCCAGGCCGUGGGGCUGCCAUGCCUGUUUAAGGGCGUGGGCAUGGCCGGCGCGCGGCCGCCCCGGUUCCUGCUGGUGUUCGACUUCGACGAGACCAUCGUGGACGAGAACAGCGACGAGUCGGUGGUGCGGGGCCGGGCGCUGCCCGAGGCGCUGCGGCAGAGCCCGCGCGGCGGCUCCUACAACGAGCACAUGCAGCGCGUGCUGGCCUUCCUGGGCGAGCAGGGCGUGCGCCCCGCCGACCUCAGGGCCGCCUACGAGAACAUCCCGCUCUCGCCCGGCAUGGCCGAGCUCUUCCAGUUCCUCUCCAAGCACCAGGAGCUCUUCGAGCUGGUGCUCAUCUCCGACGCCAACACCUUCGGCAUCGAGGCCAAGCUGCGGGCGGCCGGCGUGCGCUCGCUCUUCCGCAAGAUCUUCAGCAACCCGGCCAGCUUCGACCGCCGCGGCGUCCUCACGCUGGGGCCCUACCACAGCCACAAGUGCCUCGAGUGCCCGGCCAACAUGUGCAAGAGGAAGAUUCUGGGCGAGUACCUGGCGGAGCGGGCGCGCGAGGACGUGGAGUUCCAGCGCGUCCUCUACGUGGGGGACGGCGCCAACGACUUCUGCCCCGCCGGGACUCUGACGGCGGCGGACGUGGCUUUCCCCAGGAAGGGCUACCCCAUGCACAGGCUGAUCCAGGAGAGCCAGGAGAAGCAGCCCGGGGCUUUCCAGGCCGCCGUGGUGCCGUGGGAGUCGGCGGCGGAGGUGGCGCGGUACCUGCAGGAGCUGCUCCGCAGGAAAUGCUGAGGGACGCGGCGCCGGGCUGGCGGCCCCGGCUGGGCUCCGCUGGCUCGGCCCCGCUCCCGGCGUGUUCUCCUGCCUUGCCCAGAUCCGUUCCUGGCCAGUGAAGCACUUUCUGCGGGCCUCUGGCCCUGCCCGGCCCCGGAGCCACGGCCGGCCCCUGCGCCCUGACGGGGAUUUUUGGUGCAGUUGUUGCUUCCUUUCCCUUUCGAGCUCGAAAAGAGAAUUCCUAAAAAUCCAGCAGCCGGCUCCCCGUGGGCUGGGCACGUCCCUGCUCCUGCCGUCCUCCCCCUGGCCUGCCUGGCCCCGGGCUCCCGGUCCCACCGGGAAUUCCAGCUGGGAAAUCCCUGCUCCCUGGGCUCCCGGUCCCACCGGGAAUUCCAGCUGGGAAAUCCCUGCUCCCUGGGCUCCCGAUCCCACCGGGAAUUCCAGCUGGGAAAUCCCUGCUCCCUGGGCUCCCGAUCCCACCGGGAAUUCCGGCUGGGAAAUCCCUGCUCCCUGGCCCCCCCUCACCCCACCCCAAGCCUUGCUCUGGGGUUCGCUGUCCCUGGGGGUUCAUUCUCGGGAUAAACCGUGCCGGGAGCACCAGGAGAGCUUUGGGAAGGGGGCAGAGCCUCUCCGGCCCCGUCCCGCCGGGCACAGGAGCCGCAUCCCCCGUGGGAGCAGGGCCCGGCCUCGCCCCUCCCAGCCCCGCUCCUCUCCCGCGGUGUCCCCGCGGUGUCCCCGCGGUGUCCCCGCGUCCCCUCCCUGCCCGAGCCGUUUCCUGGAUCGUGCGGGGCCCCUGUUUCCCCAGGGAAGGUCAAUUCCCCCUGACCUGGGCACCCGCGAGGUGCCACAAUCCCCCCCCCGGGGGACAUUUCUGGCACCGGGUCCCCAGAGGCCAAACCCCCCCCCCCGGCCGUGUCCCCCUCCCCGCCGCAGUAUUAAUUACCCCUUCUAAUUGCACUCUGCAGGGGCCACCCCCAGGACCCGCUGCUCUCUGGGGUUGGCUCCUCCUGGAUUUAUCCUGGGUUUCUCCUGGGUUUAUCCACAGCCUUAAGGGCGGCCCUGACCCCCCCAAAGCCCCGGAACCCCGAACCCCGGCAGGAAAUAACCAAAGCAGCCCUGAGUUGUUCCUCCUCUGUCGCACCCCCUCGCCCUCGUCCCUCCUCCUCCUGUUCGACUGUGUGGAACUCAAAGCCAUGGAAUUAAAGAUACAAAAUCUGUCAA